AUGGCAAGGUUUAUCGAAAAGACCAUUAAAGACCAUCAUAACUUCUUUGUCGAGGAUCCCUCAUGGGCACAAGAUUUCACUCGAAAUGGUAUGCUUUUUGACACCCAAUGCUGGGACCCAGGCUCACAUGUGGCAGGACAGCUUAUCCCCGAAGGAGAAACGAUGUCAAGGCGGCGAUACGCCCGUACACUUCAAGCUAUCGCAGAGCAUGGCGCUGAUGCCUUCUAUACAGGUGCUUUCGCUGAGAGCAUGGUCAAGACCAUCCAAGAAACAAAUGGUACCAUCACACUAGAUGACUACAAGAACUACCAUGUAAUCUCUCGAGAGGUUCUUCACACUGAGUACAAGGGUUACGAUGUCUACGGCAUCAGCUCUCCAGCCGGUGGCGCCGUAUCACUCAGUAUCCUGAACACCAUGAACGGCUACUCACACCAAGACGAGGAUCGAAACACUACACUACACAUCUACAUCGAAGCCAUGAAGUUCGCAUACGGAGCUCGUCUGCGUCUUGGCGACCCUGACUUUGUAGAUGGCGUUCCGGAGCUCGAGCACGAAAUGCUCAAUGCCACAACGGCAGAAAGGAUCAGGAGUAAGAUCGAUCCUCGAAAAACCCAGAAGAAUGAAAAGUAUAACCCUGAUGGAAUCUACUCAUCUGAUGGGCACGGAACUUCCCAUGUCGUCACUGCAGAUGGCGAUGGUAUGGCUGUGUCGCUGACAACCACGGUCAACCUCAUCUUCGGAUCUUUCCUCAUGGAUCCUCUCACUGGUGUGAUCCUAAACAACGAAAUGAAUGACUUCUCUAUUCCGGGAGUUCCUAACGAGUUUGGUUUCGCACCAGCAGAAGCAAACUUCAUUCGUCCAAACAAGCGCCCCCUUUCCUCAUGCACACCUCUCAUCGUAUCCAACAAAGACGGAUCUCUCUUCGCCGUCAUCGGAGCUGCAGGGGGCUCACGUAUUAUCUCCGCUACGACUCAAGUUGCGUGGCGUGUAUUGACUUCUCCACCAUGGUCUAUCAAGGACGCUGUUCGUGAGCCCCGUGUUCACAACCAGCUCAUCCCGAAUACGCUACUCGUGGAGAAGAAGUUCAGUUCAUACGAUGUUCCAUCGCUGGUGGAGCGAGGCCAUAAUAUCACUUGGGUCGAUGAGGGACUGAGUACUGUUCAAGCGUUAACGAGGGACCCAGCUGGCGUUUUUGAGGUUGCGCCUGAACCUAGGCAGAAGAACAGUGGCGGUGUGACAUUGUAG